CACAAAAACUCUGCUUUGAAAACAAGAUAAAAAUCAGCAUGCCACUGGGACAGGGGGCUUUGUUGAUGGGUUUCACUUCACGGACCUCCUGCCUUGCACAAAGCGGCAUUUGCAGAACAAUUGCAAAGAAGAACAGAGCUAGAGAAGUCAGAUGCACGUCAGCAUAUACAUGGACUUGGCAAUCAAAACUGCAUAGGAAUGGAUGCUGUAAAACAUCCCCAUGUCUUGUGCGCUCUGUAAGAACACAGCAUGCUUUGACUUCUGCACCGAACCACUUAUGCACAAGCAAGUGAAGGUGGCAGAAUCUUUGUCAAGAAAUGCAGCCUCGUGCCGGAGUCCACAUCACAGGACUCGUCCCCAUUUUUUGCAGGUCAGGAUGUGAUGGGAGUGCCCCAAAUGGCUGAGAGAGAGCAGACUGCGAUGGCUGAUCUGAUUUCAAGAAGGAGCAUUGUGUGUCUAAUCUCAUCUGAAGUCAUGGCUGCAAAAUCCAUUAAAACAAUGCUAUAGCAAAGAACAGCCUCAGUUCUGGAUCUCGACUGGAGUUCUUCGGAAAUCAUUCUGUACCAAACCCUAGAUCUUCACAGAAGAGGGUCCUGAUGACAUCACAUCCUCUCCUAUCAGUUACGCUGCCUAAAAAGUUAAGAGACAAAGAUCACCCGUGCUGCGCUGCACCGCCCCAAGGACGAUGGCCGCGUCUCCUGCACUGCUCCUCCUGCUCAGCCUCACGCUCUGCUGCACCGGCACCCAGGGAAAUGGGGACACAGUGGUGGCCAGGUUCCUCCACAGGAAUAUGAAGCACCCCCAGGAGGGACAGCGGCUGGAGCUGGAGUGCCUGAAUUACGACAGGAACAGUAGUGUGUCCUGGGUCCGACAGGACAAGGAUGGAAACCUUCACUUCAUCGCUUAUACUUCCACGUACUCCCAGACCACCUUCUUGGGGAAUGAGAGAACAUCUUCAAAAUUUGAAGGGUCAAAACAAGGCAAUUCCUAUCGGCUGGUGGUGAAGUCCUUCAGGGCACAGGACCAGGGGACCUAUUUCUGUGUCACCAACAUCUACAUGGUGCUGCACUUCAGCUCUGGACAACCCGCCUUCUUCCCAGCAACAGCAGAACCCACCACACUCACAGCCACCACCCAGAGCAGCCACGUCAACAAGAAGGACACCUCACGACACGGCACGGAUGCAGAAACAAAUAUCGAGAACAAGCUGAAUUCUACCUGUGAAGUUUUCCUCUGGGUUUGAGUGGCUGGCACCUGCCUCCUGCUCCUCACUGCCAUAACCAUCACCAUCGCGCUCUGCCAAAGGACCAAGCUCAGCGUAAGCAAGCAGUGCUGCGUGGCUGCUCAGCAGAAGCCACACAGGCGUCCUCCUCAAGCACCGCACUGACACCAGCAGCAACACAGACAGCUGCCCUGAUGCAGCGCGGCCAUUUGCCUGCUCCUUCUCUGCCUGCCCACCAGCACUGCACACCUCCCGCCGCCUGACAUGUGCUCCUGCCCCACAGCGCUGUUACACACCCACACCGCCAGGACAGCGCUGACCCCAAGAAGACGGGCAACUCCAUGCCACUAUGGCAAUGGCAACCGAUGCUUGCAGAAGAUGAUGAAGAAAUCAAACAUAUCCUAAACUCAGCCCUAAUGCCCCAGGCUCUUGCUUCCAAUGUCUUCUCUGUUCAAUGGAUGUAUUUUUAACUCUUGAAUUGUGUCAUUUGUUUUAAUUCAUUCCAGACAUAGGGGGCAGACAGAGAGACUUAUAAUGCAACAUGCUAUACUACUCAUGUUUACAACAAGAAAAUUCCAUCUUUAAUAGCACACAAUAAACGAUGUUGAAAGAAAUUUGUGUCUGACCAGGGUCCAUGGUAGAAACUGUCGCCUAGCUUGUCCAAUUGAAAUCUCCUCAGCAGGCACAGAGAAAAUUAACCCAUUUUGCUGAUCUAAAUUGCCUCCACAGCUGAAGGUUUUAAAGGACCUCCCUCACCUUAAGGUCCUGCUAUCCACCCUCAUGAACAAUCAUUCCCCCUCCUGUUUAUACGCUCCCUUCAAGUAUUGG